AGAGGAGUGAUACCUCGUGUGCGACUCUUAGUUGAGGAUUACUCAGCCACAACUUCUUCCAGCCUCCUGGGAUGAGUAAUGGUUAGUACUAAUUGUCAUGUGUCUGAAACAUCUUAAAAUGUGUUGAAAGAUUUCUACUUUUGGUGAAUUUAAUGGCUGUUUUGGUAACUGUGCCUGGCGCAUCCUCAACCUCUGCAGCAGGACGGGAGGACGCCCGGCAGGAGGGGAGGGAGCGACGAGCCAGCAGCAGCACUGCUCAGUGUGGCGAGAGGAAGGCGUAGUGCUGCCUCUUGUGCAUCUGAGUGAUGUGUAAAGGUGAACGGUGGGGUCUGAAUUGUGAACACUACCAGUAUUCUAAAUAUUCAUGGGGGUAAAUGGCUGCCGGCCAUUGGCUGUGUGAGUCGAUUGGUAUGAAGGACUGUGCAAUAGAACACACUUGCUACCCUCGGAGAUUUCCGAGUAGUGAAAUAAAUUUAUUAUGGAUCGGUAUGCAAUGGACGGAAUAUAAUGCGUGGUAAUCCAAUAAGUGCUUUAAGUAACAGAAACCUGCAAGAUUUGAGGCUGCAGGGACAAGACAAGGCCAUGGAGGAGACGAGAACCGACCCGCCAGCGGAGGUGACCGACGUGCUCAUUAAGAGAGGCUUCAAGCGGGCGGCCAUCGUGGGCAUGGCGACGGGCAGCAGCACGGUGUUCCAAGGCGCCGUCACCAUGGGUGUGGACACUUCCAGCACGCCCGCCGCCGUGGUGGGCGCCGUCCUCAUAGUGGUAGGCGUGGUGGUGACAGCGGUGUCAGCGGCAGGGUACCGCAAAUACACUGCCUAUCGUGCCCGUCAGGUGGACGCUGUGAUGGCCCGGGCCCGGCGUCUGGCUCGUGGGGAGGGCGGUGCCCCUGCCUUGUUGGACCUUGGCUCUGGGGGCGAGCUGCUGCGUGUGAUGGCCCCGUGUGACUUGCUGACUUGUGGUGCUCUUGUCAACGGAGCCAGCAGCGGCAGGGAGGUGGCCGCUCCUCCGUCCAGGAAGGGGAGCGUGGACAUCCUGGCCGUGGCCAAGGCAGCUGCACGUCGCGGCAGCGCGGACAACCUGAGUGUGCAGGUGACCGAUGCCAGCUUUGGUCCCAACGUCCGCCGAGGCGGUGAUGCACCGUCUGGAAACAGGCGGCAAGGAGGCAGCACCGGUAACUUGCUGGACGACGGCAGCACACCUCCCACUAUUGAACUGUGUCCCGGCAUGGUGGUUGUGCCUGUGUAUCUGGAGGAGUGGAGUAGCACUGUAGAGGUGUACAUGCCAGACGAGCAUGAGGCGCCGCCUUGGCUUUAUUCAGAUAUGCUGCUGCUUUUCUGGCUGGCAGUGCUCUUGGCGAGUCUGGGCCACAUGAUGCUUAACGCCGCAUUCAUCGUGCUGGGUGCAGCCUUUCACACCCGGCCCAGUCUCACGGUGGACGUGCUGUGCGGAGUGCUGGGCAGCAUGGGAGGCCUGUGCGUGGUGGGUGCCGGAGGCGCCGCCCGCCGCUGUCACAUCAUAUACCAGAACUACCUCCGUCAGGACGCCGCCUCAUCACUGGACGACACGUCGUUGUUUAAGCGGCCUGCCCUGUGGCAACUCCUAUGAGAAUAGGAUUUGCUUAACUCACAUGAUGUACCAUGUAUUUGUUUACUCUACGUACCGCUCCACUUGUACAAGAAAUCGUAAGAUAAAAAAAAAAAAAAAAUCACAUAUUUGGGAGAGUAACUUAGAAGCCAAUAUUCACAGUAUUAUCAUGUCCAAGGUUCCUGCUGCAUUGCGUUACACUAGGCUAGUACCUCUUGGUGAUGCGACUCUUGGCUUAGCUUGGCAGGAUUCAAGUUGAACAAUCGCAAUAGUUUUCUUUAAAAUGUCACAAGAAGAAAAAAACAUUUACAGGGAAAUGUGUAAGAAAUCAUAAUUAGAACGAAGGGACGACGGGUUCAUUAGGAACACGAACGUGCUUAACGAGACCAAACAGACCAGGGACUGAAAUAGCCGUGACUGGAGAACCUCGGCAUCAGAGGGAGCUUUUCUGGAGUCUAGACUUCUCGGCACGGGUCCACAUUGAUCAGCGCCUGGCACCUUUCCAAGUGUGUGUGUGUGUGUGUGUGUGUGUGUGUGUGUGUGUGUGUGUGCGAGCGCGCAAUCGAGCUCGGAGGGCAGAAAUAGCCGUUCGUUAUAACAUAAAUAACAGGACUCGUAACGGACAACAGUAAAACUAGUAACAAAUUUACACUCAGCUGUCUGUUUGUUACAGUGGUAUCAACGAGUACCAUAUACUACUGUAGAUGCUGCUGUGACUAUUAUUGCUACUACUACUACUACUACUACUACUACUACUACUACUACUACUACUACUACUACUACUACCACCACUAUUAUUACUACACAAAAUUCAACGGCUGUUACUUCUACCAACAGACCCUCGAAACGGUCUCUUUCCCUUAUGAUUCAGUUGACGCGUCGAUUCUCGCUAUUCUCUGCCUGACCCUUCAUACGAGAGGUACGUUUGUCUGGAAUUGAUGUCAUGCAUUAUUAAUACAAUAAUAAUAAUAAUAAUAAUAAUAAUGAUAAUAAUAAUAAUAAUAAUAAUAAUUAUUAUUAUUAUUAUAGUAGUAGUAGUAGUAGUAGUAGUAAUGAUAAUAAUAAAGAUAAAUGUUGUUGUUGUUGUUGUUGUUGUUGUUGUUGUUGUUGUUGUUAUUAUUAUUAUUAUUACCAUUAUCACCAUUAUUAAUAAUAAUAAUAAUAAUAAUAAUAAUAAUAAUAAUAAUAAUAAUAAUAAUAAUGAUACUACUACUACUACUACUACUACUACUACUAUUAUUAUUGUUGUUGUUGUUGUUUUUAUCAUUAUUGUUAUAAUAAUAUUAUUAUUAUUAUUGUCAUUAUUAUUAUUAUUAUUAUUAUUAUUAUUAUUAUUAUUAUUAUUAUUAUUAUUAUUAUCAUCAUCAUCAUCAUUAUUAUUAAAUUUCCCUUUUGUAGCACCACAGAGGCGCUGCGUCCGGAGGUACGGCGUGGCCUACGCAGGUCGCUGCUGUGGUUCAUUUAUUUGUGCAUUUGUUUUUUGUAACAAUAUAAAGAGCAAGAACUACUUGUCAACGAGAAAAUAUUAAAAUCCUUAUUUGUCUGAGAGAGAGAGAGAGAGAGAGAGAGAGAGAGAGAGAGAGAGAGAGAGAGAGAGAGAGAGAGAGAGAGAGAGAGGGAGAGAGAGA